AUGAAUUCAUUCACGAAAUGGAGAAAAUCUCUUGGAACUCCUACAAUAUCCGGUGACUGUUAUACAAGUGAAAUUGCAGAUGAAAUCGAGGGUUUUCCGUUCAAGAAUCAAUUGAAACAGCAAAACUACAAUUUGCAAUCUGCUAAAAUCUGCGAGAGCCAAAACAAAGGAGCUUUUCGAGAAACUGGGGACCAGAAACAAGAACAAUGUAUUGUUCUAGAAAUUCCUGAAAAACUAGAAUUAAGAAUUUCAUUUCCACAAACUAUUCAACAACCACAAAUACAACAUAAUUCAGCAACAAACACAAAUAAUAUAAAUAACUUUUUAAUAAAUAAUACUACAAACUUAUCUGACACAAUAACUACGCCUAAUUUUUUAGGUGACAACUUAAAUACAGCUUCUGAAUUUGGUACUUCUUACACACUAACCGCUGCUACUCCUACUGUGCCAACGGUUGGUACACCUUCAACUCCAUAUUUUAGUACCCCAUAUAUAAGUACUUCUCAACUUAGUCCUUCAUAUAUAAGUACCCCUCCAUAUAUAAAUCCUGCUGAGGAAGCAGAUUAUAACUCAAACUCUCAACAAAUAUCACAGUUAGGAGAAGUAACAGAAGAAGAUAUAUUACCGAGUCCUCAAUCGUAUAUAAAUAUAACUGAACAAUUACAACAGUUACAUUUGCAACAACAACCGCAGUACCGUCAAUUUUCUUGCUCUUCGACUCCUCUUAUUCUUAAUUUUGAUAAUUUCAGUCCAAUAAUAAUGGAAAUGGACGAAGCUCAUAAUCCUUUAUCAAAAUCAAAUACAAUUAAUAAUAAUGAAAUUCAUGAUAACGAUCAUAGCCUAAAUCAUAAUAAUGAUAAUAUCAAUACUUCCAAUCUUAAUAUAAAUCCAACAUCAUCAGAAAUUGCAACUUCUUCUUCUCCAUCAUUAGCUUUCUCACUUAUUAAAAGAGAAGAAUCAAACAACAACAAUAAUAUUGAUGAAACUACUAUUUCGCUAACACAAAAAAUCCUAUCAUCUGCAUCACCUUCCACGAUAUCUUCAAAUACUAGUGGUAUGAUAAGUACGGUUAAUAAUUCCAGAUUAAUGGUUGCUAGUGAUGGAAGCGUUGGUGUUAAUACUAUUGCUGCUACAUCAGCAUCUGAUGCUAUCAGAAAACAUGAAAAUCAAUUAGAUCAUUUAACAGCAGAGCAAGAACAACAACGUAAUAAAAAACGUCCGCGUACAAGUGUAACUGAACAACAACAACAAGAAGAUGAUACCGAAGAGAAAAAACAUCUUUGCCCCGAGUGUGGUCGAGGCUUCAAUCGCAAAUUCAAUAUGCAAACGCACAGGUCCACGCAUGAUCCUAAUCGUAUAAAGCCUUUUGCUUGUGAAUAUUCAAAUUGCGGUUCCAGAUUCACUCGUAAACAUGACUUAAAGAGACAUAUCAAUGGCAUUCAUAAAGGGGAAAAAGUACAUGAAUGUGGUGUCUGUAGAAAACCCUUUUCUCGAAAAGAUGCUUGGAAAAGACAUGUUACAACUUGUGGAAAAAUCUAA